CUACUUACCUUGUAUUUAACAUUUAUGAAAUGUAUUCCAAUUAUAUAUUAAUUUCUGUUUAUCUUCCUCGCUCUCUUGUUUAUUUAUUUAUUUGGAAAAUGUUUCCUUGUCAAAGCCAUGGAAGUCAUAUUGGGAAUAGUCAGCACGCGCCGCACACAUUUUUAAGGUGGCGCUAACACAGGGAAGAUUUAUCACCAAUUUAAUAUUAACCAACAACUUCUGUAUAAUUACUAAUCAUAGAAGUCAUUCUAGGAUAUUAUACGUUGCUAAAUGCAGUUUACUAUAACGCACAGACCAACGUGUUAACAAGGCUAAAGUGCAGGACAAGAAGCACCUUAAAAAUCAGCCCAACUGUGGCUCCUCCCUGUUUUGAAGUACUUCAUUGUACAUGCGUUUCUCACACUGCUUCUUAGCUUUGCACUUCGAUCACCUAGAUCAAAACAUAAUGAUUGAGAAUGAAUUUCAGCGACGCUAAGAAUAAUAUUCUGCAAAUAUUGAGCGGAACAGACUCUCAAGAUCUUGCAAAACUGAUCAGUUGGAUGAAGCAUUCAGAUGAUCUUGAUAAUUACUUGGUUGACAAUCAGAGAGCUAUACUCCAGAGUAUUGCAGAUGACCUGAGGUGUUGUCUUCCCUUGGAGGCUAUGUUUCCUUCAGAGACCAUGGCCAUUCAGAAGACUCAGACGAACCCCAAACCUACUGUGCACGUUGAUGCAUUUUUGUAUGAUGAGGAAACGAUAGAUUGUCUCUGUGAAGAGGGCAAGAUGAGUCGCAACUUCUGUCUCAGUUGUGGAUCGCAUAGAACAGCUCCUAUGGAAUUCAUCUCACAUUCCUUCUCAAUCUCGGAGCUCCAGUUCCUGUUUCUUCACGUUCUCCCGGACCUGGCAGGAAAGUUGGUAGUGGACGUGGGUUCCAGGCUUGGAGCAGUGCUCUAUGGGGGCUACCUCUACAGUGCAGCAGCGCAACUCAUUGGAGUAGAAAUAUGUGAAGAGUUUGUCAAGCUUCAGACAAUGACUGUGGAGAAGUAUGGCUUCAGUGACAGAAUUCAGGUGAUUCAUGCAGAUAUAUGCUCUCAGGCAGUGUUGUUGCAAAACGCAGAUGUGCUAAUAAUGAACAAUGUGUUUGAGUACUUUAUGGAGCCCAAAGACCAAGUAAGAGCGUGGCAGUUCAUUAGCCAAAAUUUCCUAAAGAAAGGCGCGUUGUUGGUUACUGUUCCAAGUAUUCAAGAAGCUCUCAUGUCACUGCAAGAAACAAAUGGAGCACCAGCAAUUGGCCACUGGUUGCAGGAAGUACCUCUUGAUUAUAGUGCUUAUCUCCAAAAUGACACAGACCCAGAUUCCCUCAAGCAAAUACAUCUCUACACAGUACUUUGACCUAAACACAUAAAAGAACCACUGAAUAAAACUUCUUGUAGGAGUAUACUUUUGUUAAAUGGAUUUUUACAAAGGACUUCUCAUAGUAGAGUUACAUGUACUGAAAACCGUUUUAAUAAGAUCUAUGCACAGUAAUAUAGCUUAUGAGCUUUGUACAGGUAAUGGCAGUAUAGGGGUUAGCGUUGCCUCCUCACAACUCACAACAUGAUCCCAGGUUUAGUCCUGAGCUAGGGUUAUAGUCUAUGUGGAGUUUCUGUGCAUAUUCUCUCCAUGUCCAGGUUUCCUCCAGCUUUUCUGGUUUCCUCCCACCUCCCAAAAAAGCUAGUAGAUGGAUUGGCUACACUAAAUUGCCCUAGUUGUGAAAGAAUUAAUUAAGGAAUGAAUGAAUGAACAGACAAUGGAGAAACAUAAAUGUAUCUUGUCUUAACCAAGCAGAUUUAGAUAGGAAAACAGUUUUCUACUUUGAGUAUAUUGUCACAUUCAUUCAUUCAACAUUUAUUCGUUCGUCUUCAGUAACCACUUUAUUGAGGUCAGGGUCGUGGUGGAUCUGGAGCAUAUCCCAGGAACACUGGGGACGAGGUUUGGAAUACAUCCUGGAUGGGAUGCCAGUCCAUUACAAAGCUCCAUGCACUCACACAUUCACACCUAGGAGCAAUCUAGCAUAGCCAGUGUUACCCACUGCACCACCAUGCUGUUUAUCAGGACUACUCACUGUAGUCAUUUUGUAACAAAACUUGGUACAUUACAUGUUAUGGAUUUACCCACCAUAGUACAUAUACUGUAUGGCCAGAAAUUUGUGGACACCUGACCCUCACACCCAUAUGUGCUUUUUGAACAUCCCAUUCUGUAUUUAGUUCCCCUUUGCUGUUAUAAUAAGCUCCACUCUUCUGGGAAGGCUUUCCACUAGAUUUUGGAGCGUGGCUGUGGGGAUUUUCUCAUUCGACCACAAGAGCAUUAGUGAGGUUGGGCACUGAUGUCAGGUGAGGAGGCCUGGGGUGCAGUUGGUGUUUCAGUUCAUCCCAAAGGUGUUCAGUGGGGUUGAGGUCAGGACUCUGUGCAGGCCACUCGAGUUCCACUCCAACCUUGGCAGACCAUGUCUUCAUGGACCUCACUUUGUGUAGAGGGGCAUCGUCAUACUGGAGCAGGUUAGUUCCAGUGAAGGGAAACUGUAAUGCUACAGCAUACAAAGACAUUCUAUACAAUUGUGUGUUUGCAGCUUUGUAGCAACAGUUUGGGGAAGAACCAAAAAUAGGGUGUGACGGUCAGGUGUCCAUAUACUUUUGACUAUAUAGUGCAUUAGUCAGUGUUCACUUUUUCUGACUUCUCACUUUUCCAAUUUUGCUAUUGAUCUAGUAAAUGUAAAUAAAAAUGUUGAUCACUGA